UCACGUGACUAACUAUCCCUUCACCUUAACACUAACACACAAAAUGGCGCUCAACGCUCGCUUUCAUUUGUUGAUCUUCUCUGUGUUUUUUGUGGCCUUAACCCAAGCAAAUUUUGGCCAAUUCUUCGAGGACGUUUCGUCUUGUUUGAACGUUUGCAGUAAAAAUUUCUCUUCCAACGAAAAGAACCUCAAUGCUUGCCGGAGAGGAUGUCGUUUGUUUUAUGUUUGCAAGUUGAGUCAUAGUUUCCAGAGACUUAAUGACACAAACUUGGAAUGCUUUAAUGUAUGCCAUGAAGCAUAUGCCAACACAACAGCUGAAAAAUUUGCAUGCCGACAUGGUUGCAGCAGUGCACUUCCUGUGGCAGAACAACGAGAGAAAGAGAAGGAUGAGGAAUCUGAACCUCGCAUUCAUCUUCUCUACCCACUGAUGUAUGUACAUGGACUGUACAGCAACAUGAUACACAGGGUUUACAGACAGAUGAGCAUCAGUUGGUCUUUCUAUAUGCAAGGAGAUAAUGGUAAUCUUAUUGUGAUGCGAUCAAAACCUAAGGUUUAUGUGGAGUACCGUGGCUUUGACAGUGAUGGUGAUGAAUACCGUACUUCAAACUAUUUGGAGACAAACAUUGAAUCUGGCAACAAUGUGGCCACACCACAAUUGAAGAACUCACAGCUGCAUGCUGUUAACAGUCAGAAUGGUGAUGACGAUGAAGAAUUGAACAUUUCUCUGCAUGAUGUCAAUGGACAGAAUGCAGAUUGGUUGGCCUGCCUUUCUCUAAAAUUUGGGCUACCUCGAAUAUUGUUGACUGCUUUGGUCUUAUUCUGUGCAGUUGUAAUGAUUUGGUUGUGUCUGACUGCAGCUGUGACUGCUCCAGAACAUCGCAUUCCUGCAUCACCUCCAAAACUCAGUAUUUAUGGUGACCUGGACUACCUGGUGGAUUUUGAACAGAAGAAGAUGAAGAAAUGCCUUCCCCAAGACAUAGUAGUUGCUGCCCCUCUUCCGGUGAACAUCAAGAGUGACAGGAUCUAAUCACUGAGUGAACCAGAAGAGGAUUCCUGGAGCAGCCAAUUCUGAAACUGAAACUUCUGUCCCUCCUCCUCUCCCUGCUCCUACUCUUCUCCCUUCACUCUCUCUCCCCCACCCUCUUUGUUUUUGGCUGAUCUGGUAUACCUCAGUCAAAAUAUUUCUAUUUACUUCUCAAACAUUUCAG